AUGAGGAGUCUCAAGGAAUACAAGGUGGGCUUGAAAAUAAUCGUCAGUGACCGGAUGCAAAAAGAUUACGAGUAUGAACUUGCCGAACCCAUGGGCGAAAAAGCCCCCGAUUUCAACGACGACAACUUCAAACCGGAACUAACUCCAGAAGAAAUGUUGCAGGAGGGUGUUUUUGAGGGCAAGUAUUUGAAUGACUGCCAAGAGGAGUUCCCCAAGGAGUGGUUUGACAAUUCCAGAGACAAACGGGUCAAAGUUGGCGAGCCUGCUGAUUUCAAGUUGAACAGAUUUAAAAUCAAAAGCCGUCAGUCUUUGGCUAUAUGGAGGGAAAACGAUUGGGUUAUUGGUGACGACCCUCGUGGGUGGUUUCAGUGGUAUUGUCGAUACUGGUUAGGAAGGCGCAGUGAUUGUGAUGAAUUCCAAAAGAAAAGGUGGAGAGCUUUCAAACGCCACAAGGGACAGAUUGAAAAGAACUGUGCCAAAGGGGAUUACAACUGUCGUCCGAAGCAACGUCAAGCUUUGUUGCAAUGGGCGUACGAUCCAUUCAUUUAG